AUAAGGUUAUUAAAAGUGAGAUAAACAUAUGAUUUUCUUGUGUAACCUAAUUUUUAAUUUCUCAUUCAACAUGUGCUAAAAUAUUCAAUCGAAAUGGUUUUAAGCAAGAUAGUGAAAUAUUUCAACACUAUACACUGGUCAGAACCACAAUUGCCACCUAUAAAUUAGAUUCAUCGAAAAAAACUUCAACUUUGGAGGAGAGCAUCACACGAGAUUACAUGAGCUUUGAAACUGGAUCUAAAGAUGAAUUUCAUGAUAUUUUUACAUUAAAAGAGUGUAAAUACUUGUAUAGUGAUAAAACAUUAACCCUUGCCUUCAAAUUACAACGUGAAGGUGUAAAUAAUCCUUUACAAAAACUCACGGAAAGUCAUGUUUACGAGUUGAAACAAAGCUUGAUAUAUUUUACAUUUUUACCCAAAAAAAUCAGUCCACUUCGAAUCGAUAACGUUCAAUGUAAUUUGAAUGAUGAAAAAAUUGAAAUAGAAGUGACAUUCCGAGAUUCCCCUGACUUUAAAUAUAUUUUCAACUCUAAAACUAUGUUUGUCAGUCCAGAUACAUUUAAACAGAUGCAAGCAAUCAAAGCAGACAAUGAAUAUGAAUGUCUGGAUAUAUUAUCAAAAAAUCAAGAUACAAUCAGUGUAGUAAUUUAUAGAUACUCAGAUUCUACUUGCGGAUAUUUGCGAAAUUUCGGAGAUCUCAAGGAAGAUAUUAAAAUCGGAGAAUCAUGCACCGUCUAUCACUUUCCUUUACAUAAUUUGGGUCGCGUUUACCAAGAAAUACCACUUGAUCAAAUUCAUAAUACUUUUUUGCAAGAUGUAGGGCAAAGUUAUCAUUUGCUUAGGGAAUAUCAUGCCGAAACUUAUAAAGUAAUUGAUGUCAUCGAUAAAACGAAAAGCCAAGUUGCCUCGGCUGGGGACUUUGUAUCAACCAUUCAAGCUGGUGCAAAAUUAAAUAGCAAUCAUAAAGUUACAGUGACUGUACCUAAUGUGAAAACUUUUGCCGAUUGUUACCGAACCUGUCAUGAUUCAGAGCAACUUAAAUGCAAUACUUUCUCGUUCUGUGAAAAUGGUGACUGUAGAGUCAGCAGCUUAUUAACUGAAGACUCGUAUAAUGAAUCGCACAUUGAACAAGACAAAACAUGUUAUAUUUACUCUUCGACUGUUUUCAAUGAUUACUCAGAAGUACCUCAUAGGAAAUUUAAAACUCAAACUUCAAUCGCAGAUGACAAAGAUGUUCAUUAUUGUGCAGAAUUGUGUCAUGCUUCGCCUGAUUGUUUUUCUUUCCAAUCUUGUGGUUAUGGUUGUAGUUUUGGUGGUGUUUAUACAGAUGCAAAUACUGAAUAUGACGAAGAAUGCAGUAUAUAUAUUCCCAAAGUAUAUCAAAAAUACCAAAAGACGGGCAAUAAAAUCGCAUCAGAUGUGUUUUACACUGAUAUGAAUUUAAAUUUUGAACAAUGUGCCUCAUUAUGUCAUGGAUGGUCCGAUGGUGAAACUGGAUGUAAAUCAUUCAAUUAUUGUCCUAAGAGUAAAACAGAAAGUUCUUGUUCAUUAAUCAAAUUUUCAGUCAAAAGUUCAAAUACUAAAACCAGUGAAGGAGGCGAUUGUUCAAAUUAUGAGUUGAAAGUUGGCUCAAAUGCAAAGAAAAGCAAAGAAUCCAGUUCGAUUGAGGUAACGAAAGGAACAAGUGGAUCAGGAGCUUUUGGAAUAAUUAUGCUGUUUUCGUUUGUCGGUGCUUUAUUGGGAUUCGCUGUCCCACUUGGUUACUCAAAAGUUAAACAAAUGCGUAAUGCUCCAGAAGCCAAGAAAAGUUUCAAUUGGACAAGACAGGUAGAUGAACAAGCUGAAAAUAUCAACUGAAUCUUAUUGUAAACCUACUUUGAUCUGCAAGGCUCAAUCCAUGAUAUUCAUGUAGAUUCAAUUGUGAGUGUAAACAGUUCCAAAAUCUAGCUUUUCAAGAACAGGCUGUUAAUAGCCAUCAAGAUAUGAAUUUCAAUGCACAGCUAAAAUUCAAAUUUUGUCAGCGAAACCUUUCAACAAUGUUUCUAAUCUAACGCAAGAAAAAUGUUAGAAAGGUUUGUUAUUCAUUAUAUGAAACUUGCUUAUUAAAAUGUGAUGUUGGAAUAAAAAGGGAUAAUCUUUCUUCCACCACAUCCAAUGAAUAACCAGAAGAUAAACCCAAGCUCUUACAGUUCAUUACCAGAUAAAUAUCAGUAAAUUAAUCAAUGGCCCCUCUAUUUACAAUGUGAACUUCACAUGUCUUACAUGUGUAUAAAGAAAGUUUUGAUUGAAAUUAUCGAGAUAUUAUUGGAAAAUUAUAAAAUGGGCUAACUUCACCAAAUUUUCAUCUGCAAUGCCUCAUACCGUGAGGUUGAAUAUCAAAUUUGGUUGAGAUUGGUCCAGUAGUUUUAACUAACAUUAAAAGAAGUUCUGUAAAAAAUGUUCGUUAAAGUUUUAAAGAAAAAAGGUCCAACAAUAAUCAUCAUAAACAAUAAUAUCACUCAACUAUUACAGCAUAAGUAAAUGAUGAUUUAAUUAUGGGCAAUGCUCUACAAACUUAUUCACGAAAUCAUAGUUGAACACUAUGAAGAUUGGCUAGACUGGUAUAAUAAAUCAACUGUUCAUAUCU